AUGACGCUCGUCUACGCGUGGCUCGCCUUCCUGGCGUCCAUCCUGCCGGCCAUCGCCCAGGAGACCAUCGUAUCCACUGCUAGCACGACUACCGUGACUGUGGACCGCUUCAUCAGCGUCACCGUCCCUGGUUGGACUGCCACGGUCACGGGUCCCACUGUCACUGUGACUGCUCUUCUCGGUUGCACCUCGUCCUCGGUUUCUGCUUCCCAUCCGGCCUUCACUACUCACCCAGCUUCCACUCACUACCCGGAUUCUGCCGCACCUGUCCCCUCGGGAUUCUCUUGCCCCACUGGUGGCGAACUUGUCCAGGUUGUGUCAGGCACCUCCACCCUUUGGCCGUGUGGAGCGCCCGGCCCCACGGACUCUAUCACCAUCAUUCCUGGUCACUCUACGUUUACUGUUGCCCCGAGCGAGGAAACGACUACUGAGGUUUGGGUCACUGGCACACAGUAUCUCACCGCGACGGACCCCGCUCCCUCGGAGGCCCCCUUGACAGCCACGGUGUGGGUCACAGACAGCGAGGAACCGACAACGGUCAUCAUUGCUACUACUUACUCGACUGUGUUCCUUGGCACGUCAACUACCUCUGAUGACUCUUUGGAGACGGGAUCACCCUCAAAAGCUCCCGCAUCGUCCAAGGCUACCGUAUCAACGCAUGCUAGCUCGGAUGCAUCUUCAUAUAAUGGCUGGAGCUCUCAUGGAUGGAACUCUUCAACACACACUCCGGGCCCUCAGAGCUCUGGAAAUCGCACUGGAGUCAUUGUAGUCACUGGUGAAGUCCCGACAACCCCUUUUUCUCACUCCAUUCAGCCGUCAACUCGAACCGUCACGGUCACCUUGGCUCGCAAUGCCACAACGUCGGUAGGUCUUUCUUCGGUGAUCGAGCCGAGGACCGCAACAGCCAACGGCGCAAUUUCAACUCUCACCACAUUCUCCAAGCACGCCAAUGCCAGUUCCACCACACGCCCGAUGGCUACCGCUAGUGCGCUUUGCGGUGAGGGUUGCGAUUGUGGUAACUUCACUAUCGAUUUUGAUGAGGAUCAUGGCAUCUUGGUCAACGCUUCGGACCCGUAUGUUGGCAUCAACAGCACGGAUCACCAUCUACGCUUCAACGAGGGUUUCGUCUACGUCCCGCCGGAUUAUGAUGCAGUCAGUCCUGCCUCGCCCCCGUACUUGGCCAUGUACAUGCCCAACAUGACAAGAGACUCGCAUGAAAAUGGCUCGCUUCCAAAUGGUGGCAUCGGCCCCGGCGGCAACCGUGUUAUCAACUCGGCCUUCCAUUUCAACGCUUAUGGCGGAUCCUUCUCUUGCGAAAAGGGCCCUAUUUCCCAGGAUAAUGCGCCGGAGCCGCUCAACUGCACUCUCGAGGUCUCCGGACUCCGUUGGAUCCCCGAAACCAAGGAGGAAAAGCUUCACGCGAUUUCGACCUUUGGCAUGGCUCCCUGCUCGGAGGCGACAGAGGACGAGGAAUGCAAAUGCGAGUUGACCAAGGUGGACUUCUCUUCCGAAGGCGGAGACUACACGGACUUGUCUUCGAUCCGCAUCAAGGCAUACUAUUGGAACGACCCGGACGAAGAUAGGGUGUUCUUUAUGGAUGACCUGCAGUUGGGCUGGACUGACAACAGUCUCGCAGCCGGCUUGAUUCGGGGCCAGGACAUCUGA